AUGACUACUAUUGAAAUCCCCGAAGCAUAUGGUUAUGUCGUUAUGACAGGAGCCCUCUCAGUACUAGUCACCACCUUCUUGGGAAUCCAAGUAACACUCUAUCGAAACGAGGCUAAAGUUCCUCUUCCUUUUCUUUAUGCCGAAAAAAGCGAAGUUGAAAAAGACGAGAAAAAGAUGAUAUUUAAUUGUUAUCAGCGAGCUCAUCAGAAUUCUCUGGAAACUCAACCACAAGUUUUAUUCAUGCUUGCUAUGACUGGUCUCAAAUAUCCCCUUUUUGCAUCAGGUGUAGGCUUAGUCUGGGUAAUUGGUCGUAUUUUUUUCGCGAGUGGCUACCAGACUGGUCGGCCUGCUAAUAGAUCGCGUGGCGGAUUUGGCCAUUUUGCCUAUUUCACGUUGAUUGGCUCGACGAUUGUAACUGCAUUUUCUAUUUUAUUUUAUUAA